GACGUCGACACCGACAAGUCGAUCGCGCUCUCGAUCGCAGUGCUCGCGGGCAUGUUGGCGGUCUGCGUCUUCAGCGCGGUGAUCGCUCCCAAGUGGCUGGGCUGCGGUGGGAGGAGGCUGCACGGGGUCGAGGACCAGCAGCAGAGGAAGAACAAGAAGGCCGUGACGAGCGAGGAGAUCCUCGAGAGGCUGCCCCCGGCGAAGACGCCGCGCAACUCCGACGGCGGGGGCCAGCCCAGCUGCGUGGUCUGCCUCUGCGAGGCGCGGAGUCCAUCACGACGCAGUGUGGACACGUUUUUCAUAAAGACUGCGUCUUGCAGUGGUGGACUCACAAGCCGAGGAGAUCCAUCCGAUGUCCUACUUGUCGGACGAAGCAGAAGAUCCGGAGCAAGAGCCGAGCUGGUUCUCCGCGCUCUCCUCAGGUGCACCCCGUGGAGGCUCGAUCUGAAGGCAGUGGAGGCGAGAACGAGCAGGCGCCGGCGCAGCCCUCGGCGGCGAGGCAGCAGAGCUGGCUGCCGGACCUGGAGGCGGGACGCCGAGCGGGGCCCGGCCUGAUGCUGCCAGUGAACAUCCAGCAUUCCCCGCUUUCCGCGGCCCCCACGGACUUCACGCACAUGUCGGUGGCCGACGAGGCUACUCCGGCUUCUCAGAUAAGCGCCAUGCCACCCAUGCCAUGUUCGCGACCUCUACCGGCGGCUGGCGCCGACGAGGUGGUGGAGAGCGUGUGA